AUGUCUUACCCCGUUGUCGAUCCCGAUGAGUGCCGUGGCAAGACCAUAGAGUUGUUGUUGGUCGAGAGCCCAACACAAGUGACAAUCAUGUUCUCGGGCUCUCGCCAGGGGUAUGAUCUGCUUGUGAGUGAUCUAUCAAUUCUUGAUGGCGCGACGAUCAAUCGUGUCUGCGUUACAUGCAGAGGCUACAAUGCUUGGUUCAAAUGUUCUGGAGAAAGGAAGCUUGCUGGCGUUAUGACGGCUGUAGGUGCGAAGGCCAAUGUCGGGGAGCUGAUGCUCGACAUUGCCAAUGUUCCGCGUCGAUCCGUGGUGUUUGAGCGCUGGCUAUGCUCGACUCUCAUCCCGGCUCGCUUCACCUAUGCUCUUUGUGGGCAUUUUCGUCUGACGCUGGAGACGUGCCACCGUUUCCGCGGGUUUUUGAAGCGUGAAAUCGUCUUUCCGCACGCGGUUUUGCGUUGGAACGAGCAGAAGUUUAUGAUAACGACGGAUGUCGAUUCGAUCACCGAAUUCAUGCGCUUCAUUGCCGACUGGGAUCAUAUGAUUACCAUUCGAUGUAUGGGAACACAGGUGGUACUUAGGGCGGCCUGUCAGAUGGCAACUAUGGCCCAAUUGAUCGGCCAAUUGUGCAGGGGGCCAUAUUGGCGAGUGAUGAAUUGGAAUGAUGUGCAGGAGCAACUGCCUCUAUCAAAGCGCAAAAUCCUGGUCUCGAUCGCUCCAAAGAAGGCUGGAUUGGUCGCCUGCAGGAUCCAGUCGUACCCAGUUACCCCAACGGCUUGGGCCAGUCUGAAAAGCUUCAUCAGAGCUACCCUUACUGGGAACCACCCUUUUGAGCACGCUUGCCUGAUU